AUGGAGCUGCCUUUCUUCCGGGCAGCGGCGCCGUCACCGGCUCCGCAGGCUCUGCAGGCGAAAGCGACACUCGCCGGCUCUCUGCUUGGGACUGGCGAGGGGCUUUCUUGCGGGCGCAGCAGGGCGAGCCUCUGCCUGUUUGCGGGGGUUCUCGGCUCUGUACGCAGGGCUUGCCGGAAGGCCAAGGCCAAGGCCAAGGCCAAGCGCAAGGCCAGCUCGCAGAGCCAGCCGCUCGGACGGAGCGGGCGGUUUUGGCGGUCCUUGGAUGUUUGGAGAUGGCACUGGAGCAGCGAGCCGCAGCGUCCAAAGCUUCGAGCGGAACUGCCAAACUCAGACGGCGAAAGCCGCGACAGCCGCGAGCGCCCAAAGGCGCUCCGUGAAAUCUCCGAGGACGAGGUCCGUGAGUUCGAGGAGUUUGGGGUGGUGCUGCUCCGCAAUGCCAUCACGGAGUGGGUGCCUUUCUUGAAAGAAGCUGUGGAGCACCAGAUGGAGCACCCGCAGGUGUCUGCCUUCGUCACGGGCUUGCGGAGCUUCUUCUCCAUGGACUACGUACAAGCUGGGCUCUUCCUCACCAACGACCGCUUCUUCGACUUCUGGAAGAGCUCCAAUGUGCCGGCACUUGUGGCCCAGCUCUUAAGGUGCAAGGAGGUGCGCCUCAUUGUGGAUCAGCUGAACGUGAACCCGCACUGCCCCCCGUUCACAGAUGCAGAGAAGUUCCACACGGAUGUGGGUGUGAUCUCCGCUGUGGCGAGAGCGGAGGAGGUGGUCCGCGUCUGGAUUCCACUCAGCGGUAUGAGACGAGGCACUGGAACCUUGGAGUUCAAGCUCAAAGGCGGAGAAAGGAGGCGAUUCGAAGAGGUGGAACCUGGAGAUGUGCUGAUCUUCACGCCAACGAUCCCUCAUCGUGUGCUCUUCCCAGAAAACAACUACGACGAAGACCGCUGUGUGGUGAUCGCAAGCUUGCAUGGCUCCGUCAAGUCGCAGAGCCCACGAAGCUCGGAAGAUCCCAUGGCGGUGCCCGAGUUCCCGCGGCUCUUUCCGAGCGUGGACGAAGCAGAGCUCCGGGCGCACUGGAAAGCCAAAGCGCGCUUCGCCAAGCUAGACGUCAAAGAGGCCUUCGACAGCAUCUUACAACAGGAGCUGGCCACCCUGCUGGUAGAGAAAGUAGUGGUAGCGGGAUACCCGUGGGAAGCCCGAUAA